CUUCUUCUCUCUCUGUCCGUGCGCAUCGGAUUUUGGAAACCAUUGAUGCAGACCUCAAUCCAUCUCUAACACCACUGAUCUACGGUCUUCCCACUGAUAUUCUUACUUGUACAUUUUGCUUCUUCCUCUUCAUCUAACUAUGGCCGCCGAGUCUUCUAACCCUCGAACCGUCGAAGAGAUCUUCAAGGAUUUCAGCGGUCGUCGCUCCGGGUUUCUUCGAGCUCUCUCCGGAGAUGUUGACAAAUUCUACUCUUUAUGCGAUCCGGAAAUGGAGAAUCUGUGUUUGUACGGACACCCGAAUGGGACAUGGGAAGUGAAUCUUCCAGCUGAGGAAGUGCCUCCGGAGCUUCCUGAGCCAGCUCUUGGAAUCAAUUUCGCAAGAGAUGGUAUGCAGCGUAAAGAUUGGCUCUCUCUAGUUGCUGUCCACAGUGAUUGUUGGUUACUCUCUGUUUCUUCUUACUUUGGCGCUCGCCUUAAUCGCAAUGAGAGGAAACGUCUAUUUAGUCUGAUCAACGAUCUCCCGACUCUCUUUGAAGUAGUGACUGGUAGGAAGCCGAUCAAAGAUAAUAAACCAAGCAUGGAUCUCGGAAGCAAAUCCAGAAACGGCGUUAAGAGAUCAAUUGAAGGGCAGACAAAGAGCACACCGAAACUGAUGGAAGAGAGCUAUGAAGAUGAAGACGACGAGCAUGGAGACACACUGUGUGGAAGUUGUGGAGGAAACUACACAAACGACGAGUUCUGGAUAUGUUGUGAUGUGUGUGAACGUUGGUACCAUGGGAAGUGUGUGAAGAUAACACCAGCCAAAGCAGAGAGCAUCAAGCAAUACAAAUGCCCUUCUUGCUGCACUAAGAAAGGAAGACAGUGAGAGAGUGAGUCAUCUUUCCCCCUUUUGACCCUUCCUCCAUAACAUCCUUUUGUUAAUUUAUGAAUACAAACUACUAUCUAUUGGUGUUAGAUUGUCAAAGGGCGGUUAUAAAUUAGUAGUGAGAGAGGGAGAGACAUCAGCUGGUUAGAAAAGCUUCCUCAUAUUUUGAUCAAAUAUGCCAAGUAUUUGUAUAUGUAGUGCGACUCUACUUUCAUCGUUUAUGUGUAAUCUCUUUUAGGCUAUAAAAAAAAACUCUUUAUGUAUGAUUGAUCUUCGUAAUCUCUCAUGGUAAUUUUAACCAA